CAAACAAUCUUUACCAUAUUAAUAGCAUCCCGUCUAAACAAAUUAAAUUAAUUGUAAACCUAAAUUUUAACGGAUCAUAAAGUUACAAAACGAACAAUAAAUUUUAACGGAUCAUAAAGUAACAUAACAGAACAACUGUGCAACAAUUAAAUGCCUCAAAAAUGAGUUUUUAUUUCUGUCAAAUCAAUGGAAAUAAAUCAGUUUGCUUUUACCCACAGUCAUGAAGUUAUGGUUUUGGAUCUGCUGUUUUCUCAUACUUAAAUGUAUGAGAACCGAAGAACGAAACUUUCGACUUUUCAUUGACCAAGUCAACAUCACCCAUGUUGAUCCAGAGGUUUAUGAAAGUUUUGAUUGCAAGGUGUUCCAGUUCAACAAUCGCAGUUACUUGGACUCGAGUCAUACUUUUAAAUAUACGGUUUCAGAUUUAAAAGUGCAUGCCGUUCUGGAUUUUUGGAAGCUUAAGAGUAGACAGAAAAUGACCCUUUUUGAUGUUCGGUUAGAUGCAUGUUAUUUAUUGGACAAUGCUAGCAAAAACAAAUUGUUUAAUAUAUAUAUCAAAAAUUUGAGAAAACAUGCUAAUACGAAAUUUAAGUGUCCGUUUCAAGCUAACAUAAGCUAUGAAGUGCAAAACAUGACGAUGAAUGAACAGGAUUUCCCUUCGUUUGUACCGCUUGGAAAAUUUCGUUCCGUAAUUGAGUAUAUAAUUGAUCAGAAAUUGGCUGCCCGAGUCAUUGCAAGCGGAAAAAUUGUUUCUUAUUUAAAUGAUCCAUAAAGGAGAUCAAAUAAAAUAACGAAGUAAUAUUACUU